AGAGAAAAAAAAAUCUUCCCUGCGCACAUCAUCCAAGCCUCCUCUCCUGCUGCUCUGAAGGCCGGGAGGGCUGCACCUGCACCUCCCACACCACCCUCCUCCUCCUCCACCACCACCAUCCCACCCCCACUACCCAUCAACAUCAUCACCACCACUGCUACCACCAGCAUCAACAGCAGAAGCACCACCACCACCGCCCAUCCUUUCCUCCCUCCACUCUGCCCCAACGGGCAAAUCCGGCCGGAUCGGCCCCGAGUUACACCCACAGUGCCACACCUCCUAGCCGACCCUGACAUCUACCUGCCAACCGACCUGCCUACCCACCUGCCUUGCCUGCCAACUACCGUUUAAUCCGCAGCGUGGAGGCCUGAAUUAGAGAACCAGAGAGAGAGAGAGGGGAGAGAGUGCGAGGGAGGGUGGUCUGACUCUCGCAAGGAGCCCUCCACGAGACGCGCGGACAUCGCACAGCUCGUAGCCAGGAGACGACGGUGACGCGAGGCUGCGCGCAACCAAAAGGAGGAGGACGAGCAGCGGGAGGAGGAUUGGAAGAAGGACACAGACGGACAGAGAGACUCAAGAGAGACACGGAGGGGGGCUGGGGGAGAGACACCGAGGCAUGGCGGCGGCCGAGGCUGCCGCUGCUGCCGCCGCCGCUGGCGGCCUCGCGCCGGCGCUACCGCUGCGCAACAUGCGGAUGAAAUUCGGCGUCCUCAUUGGGCUCAUCCAGGUCGGAGAGGUGUCCACCCGCGACAUCGUGGAGACCGUGCUCAACCUGCUCGUCGGCGGAGAGUUUGACCUGGAGAUCAACUUCAUCAUCCAGGACGUGGAGGGCGUGGGCUGCAUGGUGGAGCUGCUGGAGCACUGCGAUGCCACGUGCCAGGCCGAGAUCUGGAGCAUGUUCACCGCCAUCCUCCGGAAGAGCGUGCGCAACCUGCAGGCGUGCACCGAGGUGGGCCUCAUCGAGCUGGUGCUGCGCCGACUCGCCUCCACCGACGACAUGAUCGCAGACCUGCUGGUGGACAUGCUGGGCGUGCUGGCGAGCUACAGCAUCACCGUGCGGGAGCUGAAGCUGCUCUUCAGCAUGCUGCACGGGCACGACGGAGUCUGGCCGCGCCACGCCAUCAAGCUGCUCACGGUGCUCACGCAGAUGACGCAGCGGCAGGGCCCGGAUACCUUCUUCAACUUCCCCGGCCGCAGCGCUGCCGCGAUCGCCCUGCCACCCAUUGCCAAGUGGCCCUACCAGAAUGGCUUCACCUUCAAUACGUGGUUUCGCAUGGACCCGCUCAACAACAUCAACGUGGACAAAGACAAGCCUUACCUGUACUGCUUCAGGACGAGUAAGGGCGUGGGUUACUCGGCCCACUUCGUCGGGAACUGCCUCAUCGUCACAUCGCUCAAAUCCAAAGGGAAGGGCUUCCAGCACUGUGUCAAGUAUGACUUCCAGCCCAGAAAGAGGUUUAAAGCUGCCGGUGCUGCAACUGAAAAUUUGUGGUACAUGGUAACCAUCGUCCACGUGUACAACCGCUGGCGGAACAGCGAGAUCCGCUGCUACGUCAAUGGGCAGCUCGUCUCCUACGGAGACAUGGCUUGGCAUGUCAACGCCAACGACACCUUCGACAAAUGCUUCCUGGGAUCAUCGGAGACGGCCGAUGCGAACCGGGUCUUCUGCGGGCAGCUGGGCGCCGUGUUUGUGUUCAGCGAGGCGCUCAACCCAGCGCAGAUAUUCGCCAUCCACCAGCUGGGGCCCGGGUACAAGAGCACUUUCAAGUUCAAAUCCGAGAGCGACAUCCUGCUCGCUGAGCAUCACAAGCAGGUGCUGUACGACGGCAAGCUGGCCAGCAGCAUCGUGUUCACCUACAACCCCACGGCCACCGACGCCCAGCUCUGCCUGGAGUCAUCACCUCGGGACAAUGCCUCCAUCUUCGUACACUCCCCCCAUGCGCUCAUGCUGCAGGAUGUCAAGGCCAUCAUCACCUACUCGAUCCACAGCGCCAUCCACUCCAUUGGCGGAGUACAGGUCCUCUUCCCACUCUUCGCUCAGCUCGACUACCGGCAGCACAGCGAGGAGCACACGGACACCACAGUCUGCGGUACCCUGCUGGCAUUUCUGCUGGACCUGCUCAAGAGCUCUGUGGCCAUGCAAGAACAGAUGUUGGCCAGCAAAGGCUUCUUGGUCAUCGGAUACCUGCUUGAGAAGUCCUCAAGGGCCCACGUGUCACGUGCCGUGCUCGAGCACUUCCUGUCGUUCGCCAAGUACCUGGACGCACUGCCCCACGGCGCCCCCAUGCUCAAGCAGCUGUGCGACCACGUGCUCUUCAACCCCGCCAUCUGGAUACACACGCCGGCCAAGGUGCAGCUGUCCCUGUACACGUACCUGUCAACGGAGUUCAUCGGCACGGCCACCAUCUACAGUACCAUCCGCCGAGUGAGCACCGUGCUGCAGCUCAUGCACACCCUCAAGUACUACUACUGGGUGGUCAACCCCACCGACCGCAGUGGCAUCCAGCCCAAGGGCCUAGACGGUCCUCGGCCCACCCAGAAGGAGGUGGUGUCCCUCCGAGCCUUCAUGCUGCUGUUCCUGAAGCAACUCAUUCUCAAGGGAUGUCCAGCCCCCAUUUACAGAAGAAGACUUAAGUUUAUGAGAAAUAGCCAGGAUCGGGGAGUCAAGGACGACGAACUACAAAGCAUUCUCAACUACCUGCUCACCAUGCACGAGACAAGCAGAAAGAGCUGCAAGGAUGAAAACCUGCACGAUGUCCUGCAGCUUCUGGUUGCCCUCAUGUCGGAGCACCCUGCCUCCAUGAUCCCAGCCUUCGACCAGCGCAACGGCAUCCGGGUUGUGUACAAGCUGCUGGCCUCCAAGAGCGAGAGCAUCCGCGUUCAGGCCCUCAAGGUCCUGGGCUACUUCCUCAAGCACCUGGCCCACAAGCGCAAAGUUGAAAUCAUGCACACGCACAGCCUGUUUGCACUGCUGGGAGAGAGACUGAUGCUCAACACGAAUACGCUCUCCAUGACCACCUACAACACUCUCUUCGAGAUCCUCACAGAGCAGGUGUGCACCCAGGUGGUUCACAAGCAACACCCGGAACCCGACUCCUCUGUAAAGAUUCAAAAUCCGAUGAUCCUGAAGGUGGUGGCCACGCUGCUGAAGAGCUCGGCGCCCAGUGCAGAGCUCAUGGAGGUGCGGCAGGCGUUCCUCUCCGACAUGAUCAAGCUGUUCAACAAUAGCCGAGAGAACCGCCGGUGCCUGCUGCAGUGCUCUGUGUGGCAGGACUGGAUGUUCUCGCUCGGCUACAUCAACCCGCGCAGCAGCGAGGAGCAGAAGGUUACCGAAAUGGUUUACUCCAUCUUUCGCAUCCUCCUCUACCACGCCAUCAAGUACGAGUGGGGCGGCUGGCGCGUCUGGGUCGACACGCUCUCCAUUGCCCACUCAAAGGUGACCUACGAGGCGCACCGCGAGUACCUGGCCAAGAUGUACGAGGAGUACCAGCGGCAGGAGGAGGAGAACAUCAAGCGCGGCAACAAGGGCACGGUGAGCACCAUCUCGGGCCUGUCGGCCGCCCAGCUGCGCAGCGCCCUCGACGGCCCGCAGCUGCGCGAGCUGGAGGAAGGGGCCGACGCGCGCGCGCACAGCCCCUCGGAUGGCGAGGCCGACCUCCGGCCACCCCCCGUCGAGGUGCACAACUUCCUGGCGGAGAGCGAGACGGCCUCGGUGGGGGCGGCCGUCGUGGCCGUGGGCGUGGCCCGGGGCGGAGGGGCGGUGCAGGCCGUGAGCAGCGGCACGCAGGAGCUGCAGGACCUGCUCGGGGGCGGGGAUGACCUGCGUGCCGAGAAGGUGGAGGCCACGGAGGUGAAGAUGGACGAGGCGGAUCUGACGCCAGAGACGCCCAUGGCGGGCAUCCUCCUGCCCAAUUCGAUGCUCAACGACAUCGACGCGCCGGCUCCUCGGCCGCCUUCCUCCUCGGCGGUGGACGGCAACGGCAUCUGCAAGCUGGACGAGCUGGGCGAGUCUACCCUUACCACGAUGGUGCAGGGCUCAAGCGACCUGCUGAUCCCUGGCGAGUUUUCCGUAGAGAAAAGAACAUCUGAAUUCCCCUGCAUCCCUCCCCCCGACAGCACGAGCUCAGACUUGAAAAUCCUCGACUCUGAGCCGGACCCACCGCUCAUCGACACCGAUGAGAUCUUGGAGGGUCCCCUCAGCACCAUAAGCCCCAGCUCCGACCUGAAGCCUCCGGAGGAGUUUGACCAGCAGCUGGAGGUGGUGGCUAAUGUCACCAAGCAGGCAUCGCUGUCCUCCGAUGUAGGGGUGGAGUGUGCAGAUGUGGAAGUCGGCACGGUGAAGGCCAUUUCCAACCUGGACGCUGCCAGCGUCACGUCGGACGCUGAGAAGUCCGACGAUGGGAAGGAGGCCGGGAAGGAGCUCCGGAAAAUACAGACGACCUCCACCCAGUCGAUGCAGCAGGGCAAGGCAGGCCUGGUGAAGGAGCGGGAUCUGGGCGUGGACCUGGGAUUCCGCGGGAUGCCCAUGACAGAGGAGCAGCGUCGCCAGUUCAGCCCGGGACCCCGCACCACCAUGUUCCGCAUCCCAGAGUUCAAAUGGUCGGCCAUGCACCAGCGCCUGCUCAACGACCUGCUCUUUGCCCUGGAGACAGACAUCCACAUCUGGAGGAGCCACACGACGAAGACAAUCAUGGACUUUGUCAACAGCAACGAGAACAUCAUCUUUGUGCACAACACCAUUCACCUCAUUUCCCAAAUGGUGGAUAACAUCAUCAUCGCCUGUGGGGGCAUUCUGCCCCUGCUGUCUGCUGCCACCUCCCCUUCGGGUUCAAAGGGCGAGGUGGAGAGCAUGGAGCCGACGCAGGGCAUGUCGGUGGAGACGGCCGUGGGCUUCCUGCAGCGCCUUAUGGCCAUGGUGGACGUGCUGGUGCUCGCCUCCUCGCUGAACUUCAGCGAGAUCGAGGCCGAGAAGAACAUGUCCUCCGGGGGGCUCCUGCGUCAAUGUCUGCGGCUCAUUUGCUGCGUGGCCGUGCGGAACUGCCUGGACUGCCGGUCGCGGCAGCGAGGUCGCGGCGGCCUCACCCGGACCAAGUCGCAGGAGACGGUGCACAGCCUCGUGGGCAUGGCCCAGAGCUCGCUCAAGAGCCCGGUGGAGAGCAGCUGCAUCUCCCCGGUGAAGGACACGGACCGAUUGCUGCAGGAUGUGGACAUUGGCCGUCUGCGUGCCGUCGUCUUCCGUGAUGUGGAGGACAGCAAGCAGGCCCAGUUCCUGGCGCUGGCUGUUGUCUACUUCAUCUCUGUGCUCAUGGUGUCCAAGUACCGUGACAUCCUGGAGCCGCAGCGCGAGAUGGGCCGACGUGACAGCCAGCGCAGCAAGGGCACGCGACCCGACCUCAACUCCCCCUCCAGCGCAGAUGCCGGUGCCCUGCGAGAGGUCACGGGCAGCAGCAGCAGCGGAGGCGGCAGGGACGUCACGUCCCCCGCCGCCGAGUCCCGGCCGGAGCUGUGCAUUCCCCGCACGGACUCGGGCAUCGGCGACGAUCAACCGGGCGGCGCGCCCAGCCUGCUCACCUCCCCCGAGCAGCCGGACUCCGGCAACAACAACAACAACGGCGGUGGCAACGGCGGCGGAGGGAACGGCGGCGACGGCGCCGUGGCGACGGCCGGCGGCGCGGCGGCCGCGUCGGCCGCCUCCGACGCGGCCGUCGGCCAGCUGCUGUGCAGCCUCUCGGGGGAGGUGAGACGGCCGCCCCCCGCGCCCUGCGCCGACGAGGCCACCAGCAACGGCACGGGCAGCGGCCCCGCGUGCGCCCCCGGCUCCCAGCACGGCGCCCGGGGGCCCGCGCAGCCGGCCGCCAUCGCCGCGCCGCAGGCGACCGUCGGCACGGGCGCGGCGCCGGGCGGCGGGAUGCCGGCGGGCGGCCCUCCGCAGGGGAAGGGCGUCAGCGUGAAGGACAUCCUGCGCAGCCUGGUGGCGGCGCCCACCGGGGAGCCGGUGGGACCCGCGGAGCCGGCGCCCAGCAGCGAGGUGGUGGAGCCGCGCUUCAUGCUGCCCAUGCAGUUCCACUCGUUCGACAGGAGUGUUGUGGUCCCAGCCAAGAAGGGCAGCUCUGGGGGGCUCGUGUCCACCACCGGGGAGCUGCUGGUGGAGGGGGCUCCGGGCAGCGCCGCUUCUGGAUUCGCCAGCACCAUCUCGGCGGCGUCCCAGCGUGCCAUGAUCAACACCACCGGGGAGGUGGCCCCAGCCCCAGCUCCGCCCAGCUCCAGCUUUGUGAACGGAGCGACGAGUCGGAACCUGCCCGCGGUGCAGACGGUGGCGCCGCUCCCAGAAGACUCCAUGGAAAACACCAGCAUCACGACUAAGCUGGAGCGUGCGCUGGAGAAGGUGGCUCCUCUGCUGCGUGAGAUCUUCGUGGACUUCGCCCAAUUUUUGUCGCGCACGUUACUGGGCAGCCAUGGCCAGGAGCUGCUCAUUGAAGGUCUGGUGUGCAUGAAGUCCAGCACGUCGGUGGUAGAGCUCGUGAUGCUGCUUUGCUCACAGGAAUGGCAGAACUCCAUCCAGAAAAAUGCCGGCCUGGCGUUUAUCGAGCUCAUCAACGAGGGGCGGCUGCUGUGCCACGCGAUGAAGGACCACAUCGUGCGCGUGGCCAACGAGGCCGAGUUCAUCCUCAACAGACAGCGCGCCGAGGACGUGCACAAGCACGCGGAGUUUGAGUCGCUAUGCGCCCAGUACGCAGCGGAGCGGCGGGACGAGGAGAAGAUGUGCGACCACCUCAUCGGUGCUGCCAAGCACCGCGACCACGUGACGGCGAACCAGCUCAAGCAGAAGAUCGUCAACAUCCUGACCAACAAGCACGGCGCGUGGGGCAACGCUACGGCCAGCCGCCUGCAAGAGUUCUGGAGGCUUGACUACUGGGAGGACGACCUGCGCAGACGCCGGCGCUUCGUGAGAAACCCCUUCGGCUCGGCGCACUCCGACGCCACCCUGCGAGCGGCCAUCGAGCACGGAGCGGACGAGGAUGUGAUCAAGCAGGCCCGCAAGGCCUUCCGCGCCCAAGCCCUCGCCAACCAAAACUCAGAGAGCGAACUCCUCUUGGAGGGAGAGGACGAUGCCCUCAGCCUCAUGGAGGAGAAGGAGCUCGACAGCAUGACCGAUUUUAUGUUAAGGUUGUCGACUGCAGGACCGGUUGUGAUCAGCACUCCCGCCCAGCUGGUGGCACCGGGGCUGGUUGCCAAGGGGACGCUCUCCAUCACGGCCACGGAGAUGUUCUUCGAGGUGGAUGAGGAGGAUCCGGCCUUCAAAAAGCUCAACCCCAAAGUACUGGCUUACACAGAAGGGCUGCACGGAAAGUGGAUGUUCAGUGAGAUCCGGGCGGUCUUCUCACGACGCUGCCUCUUGCAGAACUCGGCGCUCGAGAUCUUCAUGGCAAACAGGACCUCGGUGAUGUUCAACUUCCCAGACCACGCAACGGUCAAAAAGGUGGUGUACAGCCUGCCACGUGUUGGAGUGGGUACCAGCUAUGGCCUUCCUCAAGCCAGGAGGAUCUCGCUUGCUAGCCCCAGGCAGCUCUUCAAGUCGUCCAACAUGACUCAGCGUUGGCAAAGGAGAGAAAUCUCAAACUUUGAGUACCUCAUAUUUCUCAACACCAUUGCCGGCCGUACGUACAAUGACCUCAACCAAUACCCAGUCUUCCCCUGGGUCAUAACCAACUACGAGUCCGAGGAGCUGGACCUCACACUGCCCAGCAACUUCCGUGACCUCUCUAAGCCGGUGGGAGCCCUGAACCCAAAGCGUGCCGCUUUUUUCGUGGAGCGCUACGAGAGCUGGGAUGACGAGCAGGUGCCGCCCUUCCACUACGGCUCGCACUACUCCACGGCCGGCUUCACGCUCACCUGGCUGCUGAGGAUCGAGCCCUUCACCACCUUCUUUCUCAACAUGCAAGGAGGAAAGUUCGACCACUCCGACCGCACGUUCUCCUCCAUCAUCCGUGCCUGGCAGAACUGCCAGAGAGACACCUCCGACGUCAAGGAGCUGAUCCCCGAGUUCUACUACCUGCCCGAGAUGUUUGUGAACAGCAAUGGCUACACGCUGGGCGUGCUGUCGGACGGCACCCCGGUGAGCGAUGUGCUGCUUCCACCCUGGGCCAAAACGCCAGAGGACUUCGUCCGCAUCAACCGCAUGGCGCUAGAGAGCGAGUUCGUGUCGUGCCAGCUGCACCAGUGGAUCGACCUGGUGUUCGGCUACAAGCAGCGUGGGCCUGAGGCCGUGCGAGCCCUCAACGUCUUCUACUACCUGACGUACGAGGGCGCCGUGAGCCUCGACGCCAUCACCGACUCGCUAAACCGCGAGAUCCCCGACGCGUAUUUUGUUAGAGAUUCUUACACGUUCCUCCCUACUGCUGAGUUUUGUGAGGCCAUAGAGUCUCAGAUCCGGAACUUCGGGCAGACGUCAUCGCAGCUGCUCAUCGAACCUCAUUCGCCUCGCAGCUCUGCCAUGCAUCUGUGUUUCCUCCCGCAGAGCCCGCUGAUGUUUAAGGACCAGAUGCAGCAGGACGUCAUCAUGGUGCUGAAAUUCCCCUCCAACUCGCCCGUCACUCACGUCGCCGCCAACACGCUCUCGCACCUCGCGCUGCCCGCCGUCGUCACGGUCACCUGCAGCCGGGUCUUCGCCAUCAACCGCUGGCACAACACGCUCGGUCUGCGUGGAGCCCCAGGCUACUCCAUCGAGCAGUCCCACCAUCUCCCCAUAGAAAUGGACCCUUUGAUCGCGGCGAACACGGGCUUACAUCGGCGGCAGAUCACUGACCUGGUGGACCAGAGCAUCCAGAUCAAUGCCCACUGCUUCGUGGUGACGGCCGACAACCGCUACAUCCUCGCCUGUGGCUUCUGGGACAAGAGCUUCCGGGUCUACUCCACGGACUCGGGCAAGCUGACGCAGGUGGUGUUUGGGCACUGGGACGUGGUGACGUGCCUGGCGCGCUCCGAGUCCUACAUCGGCGGCGACUGCUACAUCGUGUCGGGCUCGCGGGACGCCACGCUGCUGCUGUGGUACUGGAGCGGCCGCCACCACAUCAUCGGGGACAACCCCAAUAACAGCGAUUACCCGACACCGCGAGCCAUCCUCACGGGCCACGACUGCGAGGUGACGUGCGUUGCCGUUUGUGCCGAACUCGGCCUGGUCAUCAGCGGCGCUAAAGAGGGCCCCUGCCUGGUGCACACCAUCACGGGGGACCUGCUCCGGGCCCUGGAGGGCCCGGAGGCUUGCCGCUUCCCACGCCUCAUCUCCGUCUCCAGCGAGGGCCACUGCGUCAUCUACUACGAGCGAGGACGCUUCUGCAACUUCAGCAUCAACGGCAAGGAGCUGGGACACAUGGACAUCAGCGACGCCACCAAGGCAAUGCUGAUGAGCAGCGACGGGCAGUACCUGGUGACGGGCGGCGAGAGCGGCGUGGUGGAGGUGUGGCGCGCGUGCGACCUCAAGCAGCUCUACAUCUACCCCGGCUGCGACGCAGGCAUCCGGGCUCUCGACAUCUCUCACGACCAAAGGACUCUGAUAACAGGCAUGGCUUCUGGCAGCAUAGUGGCAUUCAACAUUGACUUUAACCGGUGGCACCUGGAAUACCAAAACCGGUACUGAACGGAGCACGUGGAUAAUUCCCGAGCUCCCCGGCCAGCAACUCUCUUCCAUGUGCACAACGAGCGACAAUGAGGAUGCCUCUGUGAAAUUAGCCUGCGAGGCAACCGCUGUGCAUUGCCCUCCCUCAGAGGAGUAUAAAUACCUGAGCAAUAGCAAUGGUUGAUGUGAGAACGUUAACUUAAUAAGACUGUUGUUGGAGCCAAGUAUUCCUGAUCACGCUGUACAUGAAAAACAAAAACGAGUACAAAAAAAGGUCAUAGUUUAUCGUGAAGCACUGCAAGAUACCUGUCAAUUAAUUAGGGACACGAGCUUAUAUUUAAAACAGUAGCAACAGUUGCAUUGCUGAAAUAUAGUAUUUAAAGACAAAACUACAAAUUUCACAAUAGUGUGAUCAAUGUUUGUGACGUUAAAAUUUAUAAAUAAAUUAAAUGAUCACCGAUGGAACACGAUUUCUGAUUUACUUCGUUGUUUAAAAUCACGAAUUAAGAUUGUAAACUUAUGAACUAUAAAAAGCGAUGAAUUUUUUUGUCUGUUCUCUCGAUGAUUUGCCACUACAGAAUUCAAUGUUAUCACAAGACCAUGAUGCUGCAUGCCGCAGCCGAACACCCUUCCCUUCUGCGAGUUAAAGGGCCCAUUUAAUUUAGAAUGGGCAUUGAGACCCAUCCUUGUGUACUGCCACUACUCUUAUAAAACAUGUACCCCGGCAUACUACGGUAAAGCAUAAUAUAUUUUACAGAGAUACUUUAAUGUUAGUGGUUCUAUGGUUUAAACCGUGGUGUUCUAUGGUUUAAAAAUACAUGGUAAACCAUAGUAUUAGCAUAGUUAAUUUUAGCAAUUGCACAAUAGUACCAUGGUGUACAAUGACCAAAACGCCACUGUAAAAUGUUUAUGGUUACUGUAGUAAACCUGCUUUUAUUUUUAUAAGGGCAGGAAAAUUAUGGGUUAACUUAUUUUUGUCCUGCAGCAUUUCAUAUGGUUAGCCCUUGUGUUGUUUCAUUCAUCUUGUAGACGUCUGUAUUUUAAGGAGCAUGGAUCAUUUAAUAUAUCCUGUUGUGAUCAUUGAGAAGGUGGCUCUUAAGUGUUGGCUGUAUAUUUCAGUAUGAUGCAGGAGGGUCUUCUGAAACAUAUCAUGUGUAUUUCUUUUUUGUUUGUAGAUUGUCAAAAUCGAAUAAAGUCAUAUAAAGAAAA